GAGCAAGAGAGAGAGAGAGAGAGAGAGAGCUGUUGACGCGGGGUUUUCUCUUUUCUCUGUGUGCGUCACUUCACCAUACUGAAGCCAUGUGGGUACUGAAAGAAGUGCCUUCUUGGUCGUCCGCUGCAGCUUCGUCGUGCUUGUAGUGCCGGAACCCGCCGCCUGCUGUGCCUGCCGCCCACUGGAGUGCCUGCCAGCCCACCCGUUAACCCUGCGUUGCCCCGCCCCGCCUCCAGCCAGCGCCUGCAUCCGAAAACCUGCCGAUCCCCGCACCCUUACUUAGGAAACCUGACUCGCAGCUAAUACACACACACACACACACACAUACACACACACACACACACGGCCACAGUGAACCUGCUGAGGUGAAAAUCCUCCAUCGUUGGAUGAGUGGCCUUGUUUGUUUGACACAGGAUCUCCUUGUCAGUGACACCUCUUGCGUUAUUAAUAUUAUUAUUAUUAUUACUUUUUCGGCCCCUCGGAUUUCUCCUUCAACUUUUGUUUUUAAUGCAUUUUAACUUCAGGUGACCAUAGUCAAACAAGACACAACAGAGAACUUCUUGAACUUGGAUACACACACGUAAAAACACACACGCACACACACACAUACCGUUCCUGUUACCUGUUAGCACAAGUGCUCUGGAUUUACAGCCCUCGGCCGCGUAGCACGCAGACAAGUAGCGGUUGCCAUGGCAGUGAACAUGGCGCACAUGCGGGACACAAAAUGGCUGACGCUGGAAGUGUGUCGCGAGUUCCAGAGGGGAACCUGUUCACGUUCGGACACCGAGUGUAAGUUCGCCCACCCCGCCAAGAGCUGCCAGGUGGAGAACGGAAGAGUCAUCGCCUGCUUCGACUCCUUAAAGGGUCGCUGUUCCAGAGAGAACUGCAAAUACCUGCACCCUCCUCCACAUCUGAAGACGCAGCUGGAGAUCAAUGGGAGGAAUAACUUGAUCCAGCAGAAGAAUAUGGUCAUGCUCGCCCAGCAGAUGCAGCUGGCCAAUGCCAUUAUGCCUGGAAACCAGCUUCAGCCAAUGCCUAUGUUUUCCGUCACGCCCAGCCUUGCCUCCAAUGCCAGUGCAGCGGCCGCAGCGGCCGCGGCUGCAGCGUUUAACCCAUACCUGGGCCCUGUCUCUCCCAGCCUGAUGCCUGCUGAGAUCCUCCCCAGUGCCCCCGUCCUCAUGACCAGCAGCCCUGUGCCCACUGUGCCCUCCACUGCAGCUUCUGCUGCCGCCGCCCAGAAGCUCCUCAGAACAGACCGGCUGGAGGUCUGUCGUGAGUACCAGCGUGGUAACUGUUCCCGGGGGGAGAACGACUGUCGUUUCGCUCACCCCGCCGACAGCACGAUGAUCGACACGAACGACAACACGGUGACGGUGUGUAUGGACUACAUCAAAGGCCGCUGCUCUCGCGAGAAGUGCAAGUAUUUCCACCCCCCGGCCCACCUCCAGGCCAAGAUCAAAGCCGCACAGCACCAGGUCAGCCAAGCGACCGCUGCAGCGGCUAUGACUCAGUCGGCUGUCAAAUCACUGAAGCGACCCCUCGAGGCAACCUUUGACCUGGGAAUUCCUCACAGUGUCAUGCCACCGUUGCCAAAGCGACCGGCACUCGAAAAAGCCAACGGUGCCGCUGCCAUGUUUAACACUGGCAUGAUUCAGUACCAGCAAGCACUGGCCAACAUGCAGUUUCAGCAGCAAGCUGCUUUUAUCCCAUCAGGCUCAAUAUUGUGCAUGACUCCUGCAGCAAGUGUUGUACCCAUGAUGCACGGUGCUACACCAGCAGCUGUGUCUGCAGCAACCACAUCUGCCACAAGUGUCCCCUUCGCAUCAGCCACAGCCAAUCAGGACUCUUCUUUAACAAAGUUGACUACCAACGAAUACAUGCAAUUGAUUCCAAUAAUUUCUGCAGAUCAUCUCACUAGUCACAAGUAUUUGACUCAGAUGUAGUUCCUGCCCAAAACAAUCAGUUGGAGGUGUACUGAUAUAUCGUCCAG